AUGGAUGGUAAUACGAAGGUUGAAUUAUUGGUAAAAGCAUGCAGCGGCAAUAUAAUUGUAUCACUUGAAACGGAAUGUGGAAAGGCGUUCAUCGCGACACUUCUUAUAAGGGAAUUCACUAAUAAAUUAGUUAAUGGAGAUGGCAAGAAAGCAAUUUUCGUUGUUGAUAAAGUUUCUUUGGUUGAACAGCAAGCGUCACGUAUCGAAUGUCAUACAACACUUCGGAUUGGACGAAUGCAUCGUCCUUUGAAAGUUAUUCUGUCGAAAUUCGUGUCAUACCUCGAUGAGCAUGAAAUUCUUGUUAUUACAUCGCAGGUUUUAUUUGAUCUAAUAAACCAAGGCUUUUUUCAUUUGGAGAAGGCUGCAUUAUUAAUUUUUGAUGAAUGCCAUUAUGCAUUAAGCAAAAAACAUCCUUAUGCGCAAAUUCUUCAAAAUUACCGCAAACUUCCCGUCAAUAAUCGACCUCGAAUUCUUGGAUUAACCGCAUCACUUAUAAAUAAUAAAAUAGAGCCAGAAAUGUUAGAAAAAUUAUUGGGAAAAUUGGAAAAUAUUAUGUGCUGUCGUAUUUAUACCGCUAGCGAUCUUGUAUCAGUUUCUAAAUAUGGCAGUAAACCACAAGAGUACCUUAUCAUCUGUCAAGAUUAUAUGCUUGAGGCUUGUGAAGAUAAUCAAUUAAUCUGCAAAAUAAUGAAUAAUUUACGAUUAUUUUGUGUCAAAUGCAAUGAAUUUAAUCCUGAUUUCGAUAUUGACCCAAGAAAACCUGUUGUAGAAGCUCUUUGUCGUACACUUUCGGUUUUUAAACAGAUGGGUCCAUGGUGUGUUUGGAAAGUCAUGCAGUUAUUUCAACGUCAGUUGAAGAAACACUGUAAGCAACGGUUGCUUCCCAACAAACAAGUAUUGUUUUUGAAAAUGGGCGAAACAGUCAUGCGUUUAUCUAAGAAAAUAUUAAGUAGCAAGAUGAGUGAAGUGAAGAGUGUUGGUCAUCUCAAGCCAUUUUUAACACCAAGAAUUAUCCGUUUAUUGGAAGUUUUGCAAUUUUUUUGUCCAAAAAAUAUUGAGAAAAUGCAAUCUGAUUUUUUCUUUUCUGGAAUUAUUUUUGUUGAACAGCGUUAUGUGGCAUAUGUUAUCAAUAUUCUAAUUAAAGCCAUAGCAAAAUUGGAUCACGAAACUUUUGGUUAUUUAUCAUCUGAUUUUAUAAUUGGUUAUAACAAUGCCAGUGCUGGUUCUGACGAAGCUUUAGCACUUCAUCGAAGACAAGAAGAGGUUUUGCGCAAAUUUCGAUCAAAAACUUUGAAUUUGCUGAUUACAACAAGCGUUUUAGAAGAAGGCAUUGAUGUUAGACAAUGCAAUGUUGUUAUUCGUUUUGAUAAACCAAAUAAUUACCGGUCAUACAUACGAUCAAAAGGACGGGCACAGAUGGAAGGCUCUUAUUAUUUUAUCCUUGUUGACGAAAAUGACAGCGAUAGUUUUAAGGACGAUUUAUGGAACUUCAACAAAAUCGAAGAAGUCAAUGGUUUUUUAAUAAUUAAAAAAAUUUUAUUGAAAAGAUGUCAAAAUAUACAUAAUCCUCCUGAGCCACAUAGCCAGGAUAUUGAUGAAAUCGUUGAACCUUAUGUUGUAAAUUCGACGGGCGCUAAAGUAACAUUAUCAUCGGCAAUUGGUUUAAUUAAUCGAUAUUGUGCAAAGCUUCCUAGUGAUAUUUUCACUCGCCUUGUGCCGAAAAAUCGGAUUGUUUCAGUGUUGGUGGAUGAUAAACAAAUGUAUAAGGCGGAAUUGUUUUUACCGAUAAAUUCCCCAAUAAAAGAAGCUGUUUCGAUUAAGGAACCUAUGGCCUCAAAAAAAUUAGCUCAGAUGGCGGUUGCAUUAGAGGCAUGCAAACUCUUACACGAGCGGAAAGAAUUAAAUGAUAAUUUAUUGCCUGUUAGUAAAGAUGUAUUGACUUUAACCGCUCUGGAUGAUGAUCCUGAUGAAUAUAUUCCAAAUUUAGAUGGAAAAGUGGGAUCUGCUAGACGCAGACAGUUAUAUGAUAAAAGAAUGGCAAAAGCGCUGAAUGGCUCUAUGCCGAAUGCUGAUUCCGAAUGCUACGUUUAUGUGAUGGAGAUAGACUUGCGAAAGGCAGCUACUUCAGCUACAAAUCCUAAAAAAAGGAAGAUAACUAAUCCUAUUGAUGCUGAUUUUUGUUUUGGAUUUCUUACAAAAAAGCGCAUACCAAAUAUUCCGCCUUUCCCGAUGUUUCUACGCCAAGGAAGAGUUCAAACCAAUAUUUUCUUAUAUGAGUCGCGGCGCUUUGUUACAUAUGAAAAUCUUAUGUUACUUAAAGAAUUUCAUCACUAUAUAUUCGACAGCAUUCUUAGAUUGGUUAAAGGAGGAUUCGCAUUUGUUCCUGAUAAAGCGCCUGUUAAUAUUCUAAUAGUUCCAUUGAGGCGAGAACGAGAUUUAUCGCAAGGUAAUGUGAUCUUUGUGCUAGAUUAUGCAUAUAUUAGAAAUAUAAUGUCCUUAGCAUGCAAUCUACCACGAGUUCCUUCUGAAAUUGAACGUCAAGCAUUCAAAUUUGAAGCAUCUGAUUUUAAAGAUUCGGUUGUAACUCCUUGGUAUCGCGAUAAAGAUCAACCGUCUUUUUAUUACGUCGCUGAGGUAAUUUUAUUUUUGAUUCAAACAAUAAAUUUGGUGAAUAAACAAAUAACAUUGAUUGAUUAUUUAUCUCGCUGA